UUUACUGUGCACAUUAUAGGUCAGUUUGAUUAAUUACAUGUGUAGCUUUUUAUAAAAUUAACAAUGUAUGCAGUGCGCUGUAAACUUCCUGGUAUCAUAAAAGGUUAUUUCCUUAAACCUGUAUCAACAUCCAACCUAAGAAAGUCUCUUCCAUGUACAAGUCCGACUGUACGAUUUUAUGCUUCAAGCGUAAGUGCUGAGCCUUUUAUAAAUGGAACAAGUGGUUCUUAUGUUGAAGAAAUGUAUGAAUCAUGGCAAGCUGACCCAAAAUCUGUCCAUAAGUCAUGGGAUGUCUUUUUUCGAAAUGCUCAAAAAGGCGCACUACCUGGACAGGCUUAUCAAUCACCUCCAGAAAUAUAUGGUCAUCCUGUGCGUUAUGUAACAGAAGUAACAAUGCAACAGACACCUGGCAAUGCUCCUUCAUCUGAGCAAGUUCAAAAUCUUAUUCAAGAUCAUCUUGCUGUUUAUUCUCUUAUUCGUUCAUAUCAAAUCCGAGGGCACAAUUUAGCAAAUCUUGAUCCACUUGGAAUUCUUCAUGCAGAUCUAGAUUCUAAAGUACCUGAAGAGCUUGUUCUUGAAAAUUCUGGCCUCUCACAACAAGAUCUAGACAAAGAAUUUCAACUGCCUAAAACCACAUUUAUUGGUCAUUCUGGUCAAACUAUGAAGUUAAGAGAUAUAAUUGCAUCACUUGAGAAUGUUUACUGUAAAAGUAUUGGUUUGGAGUUCAUGUUUCUUACCAGUCAAAACAAAAAUACUUGGAUUCGAAAACAUUUUGAGACACCUGGUGUUAUGAGUUUGACACCAGAAGAAAAGCGACGUCUUCUUGCCAGACUGGUACGCUCAACAGAGUUUGAAAAUUUUUUAGCAAAGAAAUGGAGUUCAGAAAAAAGAUUUGGACUUGAAGGUUGUGAGGUUUUGAUUCCUGCUUUGAAACAUAUUAUAGACAUAUCAAAUGAUAAAGGUGUUGAAAGUGUUAUCAUGGGGAUGCCACACAGAGGAAGAUUAAAUGUUUUAGCUAAUGUAUGUCGUAAACCUUUGGAACAAAUAUUUACUCAAUUUAAUCCCACCCUGGAGCAACAAGAUGAAGGUUCUGGAGAUGUAAAAUAUCAUCUUGGCAUGACUCAUGAAAGAUUGAAUCGUACUACAAACAAGAUUAUUAAGCUCUCCGUUUGUGCUAAUCCAUCUCAUUUAGAAGCUGUUGACCCAGUAGUUCAAGGUAAAACGCGAGCUGAGCAAUUUUAUCGUGGAAGCUCUGAUGGUAAACAAGUUAUGAGUAUUCUACUGCAUGGAGAUGCAGCAUUUGCUGGACAAGGUGUUGUCUAUGAAACAAUGCAUUUGAGUGAUCUUCCAAACUACACCACUCAUGGAACAAUUCAUGUUGUAGUUAAUAAUCAGAUUGGAUUUACAACUGAUCCACGUAUGUCACGUUCAUCUCCUUACUGUACUGAUGUUGCCAAGGUAGUACAAUGUCCUAUUUUUCAUGUCAAUGCAGAUGAUCCUGAGGCAGUCAUGCAUGUUUGCAAAGUUGCUGCUGAAUACCGUGCAGAGUUUCAUAAAGAUGUUGUAAUUGAUCUUGUAUGUUACCGAAAAAAUGGACACAAUGAGAGUGACAAUCCUGAUUUUACACAACCUCUAAUGUAUCAAAAGAUUCGUCAACAAGAACCUUGUGUUCUCAAAUAUGCUAGAAAACUUAUUAGUGAAAAUGUAGUAACCGAAGAAGAAUUCCAGAGCGAAACACUUAAAUAUGGACUAAUUCUAGAAGAAACAUUUGAAACAGCUAAACAAAGACCUCAAAUGAAGAUUGCAGAUUGGCUUGAUUCUAAAUGGGGAGGUUUUUUUAAACCACAUAACCUUCUUGGAGAGCUGCAAUCAACUGGAACUAGUUUAGAAACUCUUACUGAAAUUGGAUCAAAAUUUUCUACCCCUCCAGCUGAUUUUAACAUUCAUCCAGGUUUAAAGCGAGUUUUAAAAAGUCGCGCUGAAAUGUUAGAAGAAGGUAUUGUUGAUUGGGCAAUUGGAGAGGCUCUAGCAAUAGGCUCUUUGCUUAAAGAAAAAAUUCAUGUUCGUUUAAGUGGUCAAGAUGUAGAGCGAGGUACCUUCAGUCACCGACAUCAUGUUUUACAUGAUCAAAAGAUCGACAAAAAAACUAUUAAUGUGCUUGAUACCAUUUCUAAUGAUUAUGCCAAAUAUAUUUGUUGCAACAGUUCUUUGUCUGAAUAUGCUGUGUUAGGUUUUGAACUUGGAUAUAGCAUGACAAAUCCAUAUUCGCUUGUGAUGUGGGAAGCUCAAUUUGGAGAUUUUAUGAAUACUGCUCAGUGCAUUAUUGAUCAAUUUAUAAGCAGUGGUCAAGAUAAAUGGGUCAGACAAAGUGGUUUAGUAAUGCUUCUACCACAUGGAAUGGAAGGAAUGGGCCCUGAGCACUCUAGUGCAAGAUUGGAGCGUUUCCUGCAGAUGACUAAAGAAGAUCCUGAUACUUUCCCUGACUACCCUGAAGAGAAUUUUGAACUUUGUCAAAACUAUCAUACUAAUUGGUUUAUUUGCAACAUAACAACACCUGCUAAUUUGUUCCAUGUCCUUAGAAGACAAGUAUACCUUAGUUUUCGAAAACCUUUGGUCAUUAUGACACCUAAAAGCUUACUUAGGCUUGAAGCUGCUCGAUCUAACUUGUCAGAGAUGGUUGAAGGAACAUUUUUCAAACGAUUAAUUCCUGAAGAUGGGCCUUGUGUAAAAAACCCAAAGGAUGUUAAAAAGCUUAUUUUUUGUUCUGGUAAGAUCUACUAUGAAUUGAUAAAAGAAAGAAAGCAUCGUGGUUUGGAUAAUGAUAUUGCUAUAACUAGAAUUGAACAGCUGUCACCGUUUCCAUUUGAUCUGGUGCGUAAAGAAUGCGCUAAAUACCAAAAUGCUUCCCUGCAAUGGGUACAAGAAGAGCAUAAAAAUCAUGGAGCAUGGCAGCAUAUGCAACCUCGAAUUGAAACAUCGACUGGAAAUUCUCGACGUGCCAGAUACGCUGGUCGAUCAACAGCUUCUGCUCCAGCUACUGGAAACAAAAAACAACACAUGGUUGAACAACAAUUUGUAGUAGACAGCGCACUAAGUUUAAAUAAUUUGAAAGUUAAUUAAUGACGACGUUACGUUGCGCAAUGUUUCCAUUUAUAUUUGCUGUUUGCUAUAUUUUGUGAAUACGACCAAUGAAAUUCUUGGAGCAAAAAUAUUUAUAUAUAUA